AGCUGCAACACAGCCCUCCAGCGGGAAUCUAUCUGCCGGCUCUGACCUAUUUCUGCUCUGUUCCCAGGCUCGUAAAAAUUCUCAUUAGGAAGCAUUGGGGUUAAUCUGUUCUCUUUUCCUGCAGUCUCUUGUUAUGUGUCAUGCAGAGGGGGAGGAGCUAGCAGCAGCAGGAGAAAAAGCUGGAGUCGCUGUAUAGAGCUGGCGAGAGCGUUUCCAGCUGCUGGUGACUAAUGAGACGAUCUGCAGCGAGUGGGACGCACGUUUCUAUCUAUCCAGCAGCGACAAGAAGCAGAUCCCCGCAGCUGCAGCCGAAAAUCCAUCCAGGAAGGCGCAGAAGCAGCAAUAAAUAGCGCCCACCAGCUGCACCCAAAGAUCCAAACAGGAGCCUGGGGCGACAAUAAGCAGAGCAGCUAAAAAGAUCCACCCAGGAGCCUGGAGCAGCUGCAGCCCAAGAGUCAGAGCACAAGCAGCAUUGUUCCUCGCGACAUUGUAGCAACCCAAGGAAGAGACUGCGACUUAAGGCGCAUUUUGUGAUUUGUGGGGCUCACUUCUUUAUUUCUUCUCGUUCCCGACCCUGAAGAUUCAAGGUCCCACUCAUAUAAGAAGAAACAUAAAUAGUGCUUUUAUAGAGCACCCGACCCCAUUAAAUGAUGAGUUAGUACUAGUAGCCCCUAGAAAGGUGACAGUUGCACUUGUGUUAGAGAUUGGGCACCAGCAAGUUGCCAAAACUAAAGGGACCGGUGAGUGUUGACUUCGGCAACCUGGUCACCAUGAGCGUCUGUAGCGGAGCACCUGCGAUUAUCAAGGAGGGCGACCUGGAGAAGCGCAGCGACAGUUUCCUGCAGCUGUGGAAAAAACGCCGGUGUGUGCUGACAGCUGACGGGCUGCACUUGUACAGCGACGCGAGGAAAAGGGGGAAGGCCAAGGUGCUGCGCUUCGACUCGCUGGCCAAGCUGGAGUGCGUGGAAAGGAAAGGGGAGCGAGUUUAUUUCACGCUGGUCACAAUGGCAGGGCAGGAGAUAGAUUUCCGCUGCAGGGAGAGAAGUCGCUGGAAUGCCGAGAUCACACUGGCCCUGGUGGGGUUCCAGAAUAGGAAAGCGGUGCAGGAGCUAAGGGAGCGCAAGGAGCACCAAGCCAGGGACAAUGGGGAGCGCUUAAGGACUUGGGGCCCCUGAGGGAAUGACAUGGUCCGACGCUUCUGCUCUGGCUUGCCCCCUUGUGGAGACAAUGCUAGAUGUGAGGUCUCCUGCAAUCUUGGAAAUCUUCCGCCCCCUCACACAGGAAGACACAAGAAGGUGCCUGUUACUCCUGAGUGGCUGUAGAACCCUUGUUGUUUUUGGUUCAGGAAGGACAGAGUUAAGACAAUCGCUGCUGUAAUACUGCAUUCAGACUGUACAAACCAUGGGAUGGAUUCUGGGCCCUCUGUAAAGGCCAAAUACCGUAUUGGGGCAAAUGAGGUUUCCAGUAAUGAUCCUUGGUACAAUGCACCAAAUAAUCCCCCUGGCUGAUGCGUGAAUCUGCUGUUAUUUGUUCAUAUUUCUUGUUGCUCACUGGAGCUAAAUUGCCUCAUUUUCUUUUGAAAUAAAUAUGUGCUGAUUUA